AUGUCAGCAUUUGUCGUUGGUCCGAAUCCUCCAUUUCAUAAACUUGACGACUCUCUUUCCAUAGAUAGUACCCCCAUAUUAUCCUCCGAGCUACAAAUUCAAGACUUCUACGAGAUGAAUACCGUUGAUGCUGCCCGUCACCGUAUUGAUCAGGAGAUUUGGAAAAUGGAAGGGGCCAUCCGAGCGCUCAGGUCUCGCCGCAAUAGCUUAGCUGCCAUAUCGCGCCUCCCACCUGAAGUACUCUCCAGGAUAUUCGUUUGUCACGCAGCCACUUACGAGCUCAACAUGGAUUGGGUCAAAAUCACCCACGUUUCACGCCAUUGGCGAACGGUGGCUAUCGGUUGCCCUCACUUAUGGACAACGCUUGUUUUCGCGCGACCGAGGUGGGUGGAAGAGAUGUUGAAAAGGUCUAAAAUGGCUCCUCUUGUCAUUGAUGGCCGGUUUGGAUCCAUGUACAUCGUAAAACCAAAAUUGACUGAAGGCGUUCAACUAGCCAUGAACCACAUUUCCCGUGUACGGGAGUUGAACUUGGUUUCCACGAGUGCAUGGUUUGGAAACCUUCUCUCGAUUGUCCCCAGAGCAGCGCCCAUGCUUCAGGCCCUCGUGCUGUCUACUUCAACAAAGCUUUCUACGGAGCCUUUUCAUAUUAAUUACUUUAUUCCUCCAGAACUCUUCAGUGAUGACUCCUCUCAGCUCCGACGCCUCGAACUGAUACAUUGCAACCUUGAUUGGACAUCCCACAUUCUCAGAGGUCUUACACACCUAAAAAUUCACAAUACUGCUCCUGAAACCAGACCAUCUACACCCCUUUUUCUCGAUGUUCUAGAGCAACUUCCAACCCUCACAGUGCUCGAUCUAAAGGAAGCUCUUCCCCACGUUGCUGAUGGCUUUUCGAGAGUGUCAUGCCGACGCAUUGUUGAACUGCACUCGUUGACAUAUUUACAUCUCUCGGGCUCUGAUUCCGACUGUUCUAAUGCAUUGAGGCAUCUAUCUGUGCCAUCUAGUGCCACCCUUGGACUAUCUUGCCGAAGCACAGCGGUGUCUCAUCCCGAUUUCUCCAGUAUCCUGACUUUUGUCAGUGGCUUAUGGGGGCCAACAGCUACCAUAUCCAGUGCUGCAAAACCACAUAAGCGCCCCAUCCAUUGGCUAGAAAUCCAUGCUGUCGGUUUAACUCAAUUAAGUAUUGAAGCCUGGCCAAGACCAUCGUUCCAAGCAUUGUCUGGAUAUCCGCUGCCUUCCAUAGAUUUGUUUUUCCAAUGGUCUUCAACCGUUGCACCUGGAAUUGGGGAUAAGAUAAUCAGUGAGGCCUGUGCUGCCUUACCUUUGGAGCAGCUCGUCUCGUUGGAUAUUUUGAACGCACGCCAAAUUACAGAACAAACAUGGUUGGCGAGGUUUGGGAAGCUCAAACAUCUGCAAUUCAUAUGCACACAAGGGCGGGCCGUGGACACGCUUCUGUCAGCCAUGAUGGCUGAGCCUAGGACCGUCACUGGGACCACGAAUUCAUCGACGGGGAAACACUCAAGCAUCUACUUUCCCUCCUUGCUCCAUCUUACAAUCGAAGACAUAAGUUUUGAUCCAGGUUACGAUAACAAAUAUGCCAAAUUGGAGGAUUUGAAGGACUGCCUGAUGGAACGUUGCUGGAGGAAGCCUGCAGUGCGCGACCUGGUGCUUUCUCGAUGUCAUCGCCUGACGAGAAAACAUGUUGAGGAACUUAGAGAAAUCGUUGUCGAUGUGACUUGGGAUGGGUUGGUGACAGGUUUUGUCGAUGUCCAUGACUCGGAAGAUGAUCAUGGGGAUGAUAUCGAUGAUGACAUGGAUGAUUCGGAUGACGACCAGUAUCAUUUCCAUUUCUGA